GCGAGGUUACGUCAUCCCGGAAGUCGGUGGCCGCCGUGACCGAGGGGCGCUGCAGGUACCGCGAUGUGUGGGGACUGUGUGGAGAAGGAAUACCCGAACCGGGGUAACACCUGCCUGGAAAAUGGAUCUUUUUUGCUGAACUACAUAGGCUGUGCAAUGUGUAAUAAACGGGAUUUUAUGCUGAUUGCAAAUAAAUCCAUGAAAGAGGAAGAUGGAGAAGAAAUAGUUACCUAUGAUCAUGUGUGUAAGAAUUGUCAUCACGUAGUAGCCAGGCAUGAGUAUACAUUCAGUGUCAUGGAUGAAUAUCAGGAAUACACCAUGCUAUGUCUGUUGUGUGGCAAAGCAGAAGAUUCUAUCAGUGUCCUCCCUGAUGACCCCCGACAGAUGGCUCCCUUGUUCUGAACAUCCUGCCGCAGUUUUACUGUGGUUACAUCACUGUGCUGGCUUAGAAUGCUUGAAAACCUGAUCGCUUCCCAUUUUGUUUUCAGUUCAAAUGGUUGCUUGCUUUUCAAAGUUCAGAAUUGGCUGUGCUGAAAAAAAAUAUUCCAAGGAGGAGCUUUCCAUAGAGCUGAGUCCUAGCAGAGCCUCCUGUUAACAUCAUUGGAGUCAGAGUGGUACUAGCAGCUGCAUGUCUCUGGGAGAAAUAAAAUGACUAAAAUGGCCCCAACAAGCAUAUCUUUAGAAGAGGAAUGAAAUGUCUCUCCUUGUGUAAUGGAAUAAACACUAGCCUACAAACCAGAAGAUGUGUUGUAGGCUUAUCUAUGGGAACUAGAGUCACUUCUCUAGGCCCCAGUUUUCUCAUCUGUAAAAUAGAAGUGAUAACUCUUGUUCUAUCUACCUUAUAUGAUUAUGCAAACUGUUGUGAAAAUAUGUGUGUGAUAACAGUUUGAAAACUAAAAGCAUUCUACAGAUCACAGGUUUGGAAUCAAAGGUCUGUAUCCAGUUCUGCUACUUUACUCGCUGUAUCUCUAGAUCCCAGUUUCCUCAUCCGUAAAAUGAGGUCCUUUCUAAAUCUUUUAUCAUAUGUUCUCUUACACUUUUUAAAACUUAUAUAUAUAUCAAAGACUUGGUAAUACCAAACCAUACCUUUUAAGAUUUAGAGGUGAGGAAAAAAGGCAAUAAACUGUUAGUACCAGGAA